AUGGCUAAAAAGGUCGAAGAGACAAGAACGAAAACUUUAUUUCAAAGAGCUAAUAAAUCUCCAAAUCUAAGCAUGGGGAUUGUUGGAUUGCCAAAUGUUGGAAAAUCCACAAUAUUUAACAGGUUGACAAAGUCCUGUGUCCCUGCUGAGAACUAUCCCUUUUGCACGAUAAAACACUCUCUUGGUCGUGUAAAAAUCGAUGAUCCCAGAGUUGCCUUUCUUGAGAAAAUAUACAAGCCUAAAAGUACCGUCCAUGCCUAUCUUACUGUUACUGAUAUUGCAGGCAUUGUGCGUGGUGCAAGUAGUGGAAGUGGUCUUGGAAACGAAUUUUUAGAUAAUAUUAGGAAUGUAGAUGGAAUAUUUUUGGUUGUAAGAUGCUUUGAAGACAACAGUAUUUUACAUGUUGAAAAUUCUGUAGAUCCUAUCAGGGAUAUUAAUAUAGUUAGGGAUGAGCUGAGAAUCAAAGACCGAGACAUGCUAAAGGACAGUUUUGAUAAAAUACAAAGGCUGUACAAUUCUAAGAAGACAGAUAAGAAAGUAGCCAUUGCUUAUAACACACACAAAAGACUGAUUGACAUUUUAGAGCACAGAUGGAUUAACGAGGAAUAUUUCGACAAUGAUGAACUUGAAUACAUCAACAGCCUGAGUCUCCUUACAACAAAGAACGUAGUGAUAUUAGCCAAUACCAAUUCAUUACCAACUGAUAUGGUGGAAGAUAAUUCAGAUAAUUCCCCAGAAUUAUCUUCAUGUGCUGUGCAUGAUAACUCCAAAGAUGUAGCCAACGAGCAUUUGAGGAGAGUACUGGAACUGUAUGGGCCAUCCGUGGUUCAGAUAAAUGCAACACUAGGAAUGGAAAGCCCAGAUGUAUUUCCGCCUUUUCCUGAUAAGUUUGUUAAAAAACUGGUCGAUAAAGGCUAUGAAAGUCUUGGUCUGAUAAAUUUCUUCACUGCUGGCAAGGACGAAGUUAAAAGCUGGACUAUUUGCAAAGGGGAUAAAGCGCCGAAAGCAGCAGGUGUUAUUCACACUGAUUUUGAGAGAUACUUUAUGUCGGCCGAAGUGAUGGAAUACGAUGAAUUUGCUAAACAUCCCUCAGAGGCACAGAUGAAAUCAGUUGGAAAGUACAGGCAGCAGGGAAGAGAGUAUGUUAUUAAAGAUGGUGAUAUUAUUUAUUUUAAGCACAAUGUGCCUAGAUCAGGUAAAAAAUAA